AUGCUCUUCCCGUCUUCCACUUUCCCCUCUCUUCGUCUCGUGCAGCGCAGACAGAAAGCGACGGCGGCGGUGGCGCUCUCCAGGGCGGGCGGGGGAAGCGGCGGCGUCCAGGGCGGCGACCGCGCCCUCCAGGGCGGAUGGGGGAAGCUACGGCUUCCAGGGCGGGCGGGGGAAGCGGUGGCGGUGACGGCACCCUCCAGGUCGGGCGGGGGCAGCGGCGGCGCCCUGCAGGGCGGGCGGGGGAAGCGGCAGCGGCGACGGAGCCCUCUAGGACAGGUGGGCAAAGCGGCAGGGGCAACGGCGGCGGUCGCUGACGCCGUCGCGGUCUUCUUCCCCUUCGUCGGGAAGCUCACGUACGUCCUCUCUACCGGCGACGUCGUCGUUGACUGCUCGCCAUCUGCCGUUGGGGACGGGGCGACAGCGACGCGCGGGCGCUGUCAGCCGCCGAGAGGCACGAUGUCCCGGCGUUCUUGCGGCUCGUGCCCAGCCUGGAGGGCCCCCGAGCUCCCCACGCCGUUGCUCGCCGUGCAGGUGACGCGGUUCGUCGGCGGCGGGGACGGGGGUGGCGUUGCCGUGCAACACGCCGUGCCGGACGGACAAAGCUUCUGGCGGUUCAUGGACGAGUGGUCUGCGCCGGCCCUCGGCCAGCCAUCUGCCCCGGCGCCGGUGUUUGACCGGUCGGCGAUCGUGCACCCCAUGGCCGCUGUCAUGGCUCAGCGCAUCCUCCGGAAGGUGACACCAGAGCUACCACUGCUCCUCACCGCGAAUUUGUUGAGGCGAACAUGGCAACACCACGACACGACCACGCUAGAGCUCGAGCGCCACCGCAUCGCCGAUAUCAAGAACCUCAUCGUGGAGCUCGACGAGGCCACCACAUCCCCCGGGCAGGUGCGGCGAGCGGCGGCGGCGGCCGCAGCAACAGAUCGGCGGCGUCCCCCCGAUUCCCCCUCCCAUCCGCGCCCAUCGUCGGCCAGAGCCACCAAGCCGUGCCCGCAGUUGCUCGCCCAGUGACGCCCAACACCAACGUCAGAGAAGGGACAGAGAACAAGGGGUUAAUAUGACAUGUGGGCCCUAUAUUAUUUUAUUUUAUUUUAUUGCUGAUUGGAUUUCCACGUCGACGUCACGUGUAUGCCACGCAGGACCAAAACCGUUCCGGAUUGAGUCAGGGGGGUAAUUCGUCCGGUUUCAAUAGUUUGAGGUUUAAUAUGUCUGGUUUUGUGGUUCGGGAGGGCAAUUCAUACUGUCGCAAAAGUUCAGGGGUGUAAUUCGUACUUUUUCCUAUACUAAAAGUCCAUUAAACUUCCUACAAA